AUGGCCAACCACUGCGGUCCUUGGGACAAUGAGUUUCUGGAGCUGAUUAAGGUUUCCUUGGAGCACGUUCUCAAGACGACGCCUCCUCAGCCUACUUAUGGAGUUCACGAUAUCCACGUCUACUUAUUUUUUUCGACUGGCGGACCUUUAUCUCAUGUCCAGGUUGCAGGCCACUGUCUGAUGCACUGGACAAGGCAGUAUCUUGAAGGCGACAGAGGCGAAGUCAACAUCACCACCCGAGUGGGAAUCAACAGCAAGAAAUUAGCCCGUGACGCGCUCACAGCCUGCCUGAGCAAAGACGAGGAUGAUGUGACAGCCUUCCUGUCCAAAAUGCCGAUUGUGCUUGGCCCUUAUCCAGACUCGGAAAAGGAUCUAUUUGGAUCAGAAUUCUGGGAAGGCAGAGCUGGCACGCUCUACUUUUUCGCCGUUCUUCUCGAAGAUCCCACUGCUCAGGUAUCUGAAAAGAUUCUCUCGGAUAGCAUCGACCAGGACGAGAGGGGGUGGAUGUUCUAUGAUCUGGAACUGACUGGCUCUGGUCACGGCGCUAUUGGAAUCACCACGCAGCUGGUUGUGGCUACGCCUUCUCUGGCACUGAGGCUAAAGACCAAGCUUCGUGCUGUACUCGAUCUCCAGGUGGAUGGUGACUGGCCCAGUAAUAUUGCGUCUGCUGGAUACGACAAUCCAUUCCUAAUGCAGUGGUGCCAUGGCGCCUCUAGAUUUGUCUUUUCUCUCAAAGCUUUAUGGCCCUACUUCCCUGAUAUGCAAGGCCAAAUCGAUCACUUCCUCUCGCUGGUGACGGUCGAAGCCACUGAAGAGGCCAAGCGGCUCGAGCCUGGAGAUUUCAGUCGUGCAGAUUAUGGCCCGGCCAUGGCAAUUACGUUCAAAUACCACUCCAGUGUGGCUUGGACUUGGGCAGUCUGUGAACAGAAGGAUCCCUUGAUGCUCGUCCAAACAGACAUUUGA